AUGCAAUGGUUCAACGACGUUUGGUGUUAUGAUCCCCGAGCAAAUCAGUGGUCACAACUGGACUGUGUCGGGUUUAUUCCCACGCCCAGAGAGGGACACGCAGCGGCGCUGGUGAGCGAUGUGAUGUACAUUUUUGGUGGACGUACCGAUGAGGGUAUGGAUCUGGGUGAUUUGGCGGCUUUUCGUAUCUCCACACGGCGAUGGUAUUCGUUCCAGAACAUGGGACCCGCACCCUCACCGCGGUCCGGUCAUAGCAUGACGGCGUUUGGAAAGCAAAUCAUUGUCGUAGCUGGUGAGCCCAGUUCCGCACCCAGGGACCCCGUUGAGCUCAGCAUGGCGUACGUGCUGGAUACGAGCAAGAUCCGCUAUCCUGUUGAAGCCCAGAAUACCGGAACCGCCGCGCCUGGCAUGAGGAAGAUGAGUGCGGACAAAAACAGCCCUACCGGUCGAACUUCACGGGAAGCGCAGAAUCCGACCCCUGUGGAGCAACAGCAGCAGGCGCAGCAGCAACAGAGGAGAGGCCCAGUACCAUCGCGCGAGAUCAUGGCGAGCCCCAAUGGCAGGCCGGCAGAGCAGGGUCCUAGCCCAGGCCCAGGGUCGCGACUCCCCAGAGCAUCCAUUGCGCAAGCGCCGUCUGGACCACCUCCGCCUGGUCAAGCUCCCACGCCAGGACCUAGGGGAUCCGCACCGCAACCAGUCAUGAACCCACGGAGCAAAACACCAACCAAGGUUGAUCGUGGAUAUGCAAGCCCACCGAUGGAAGCCAUGCGGACUAUGGGCCCAGAGCGGGGUCGAGAGUCGCCGGCAGCCAGAGAAACCUCGAAGGAGAUUAAGCCUGUUGCCCAUGAGCAACAAGGCGCUGUUUCCGCGCCAGGUGAUCGCCGGACUCCCAGUCAACAGCAAUCUCGCAUGUCUGCCAGAGCCAUGGAAGCUGGCGAGGCAGCCCCUCUGAUCAGUGCACCAGCCCGGCAACGCUCGCUGCGCCAGAGACAGCGCAGUUCUCUCGACAGCACUGACGAGUCGAUCCUUGGUCGUCAAGCAAGUGUCGAUGGCUCCAUUGAUUCCCGCGGUCUCCGCAACUCCAAGACUGCCGAUGAGCCUCGCUCGCCAAAACUCACCGCGCAUCAGGAGGUUCUCAUGAAGGAAUUGGAAGCUGCAAAGAGCCGUAAUGCUUGGUACGCCUCUGAGUUGGCGUUGGCCAAAAAGUCUGGAUAUAGCCCCAGCCCAACUGGUACCUCUGUGAACGAUCGUACCCCUGACAUGUUUUCCGACGAGGAUCGUCCUCUGAUCGAGGCUUUCCUGGCGAUGAGAGCAGAGCUCUCCAAGAUGCAGGCCACCGUGGACCGACAGGCGGCCAUUGCAUCGAAGCGUGUCGCAGAAGUUGAGCACCAGAGGGAUUUGGCAGUCAACGAAGCUGCUUAUUCUCGUGCCAAACUUGCUGCGCAUGGUGGCAGUCAACGAGGCACGCCACAGCCAGACGCUUCUGCACAGGAUCCUGAUGGCACGAUUUCGGAGCGUGGAACGGAUAUCAGUCGACGAUUGGCCAUGGUCCUGGCUUCGCAUGCGGAACUCAGUGCCAAGCUGGAAACCAUGACGACAGAACUGGAUCAGGAGAAGCGCACCAGAGAACUAGCCGAGGAAACCAGUGAAGCUACCCGGAAGCGGCUGGCGGACUUGGAAGUCCAAACCAAUUCGCUUGAGAUGGAGAGUUUGCGAGCGGAACUCCACCAAGCUGAAGCAGCUGCGAGAGAAGAAUCCUUGCUGCGCUCCCAGGCUGAAACUGCCUUGAAGCAGAUGACGUUUGACAAAGAGGAGCUUUCCCGCAAGUUUGACGAGUCGUCGACUAGAUUGAGGGACUACGGCAGUAACUUGGGAACCCUCAAGGAGGCUGUGGCGGCUUCUGCCGGCAAGACCACGCUCAUCGAGAAGCAAUUGGAUGAGGAACGAGAAAUCCGAGAAGGGCUCGAGCGGAAGUUGCUACAAUUGAGGUCUGAAUACGACGAGCGGUCGGCGGAAUUGGAGAAUUCAACUCGUCGGUUGCGCGACGCUGAGGAGUUGGCUCAAAGUCAUGCCAGGGAGGCAGAAACUCACAAGAAUGCCUUCCUGUCUGGCCUGGAACGCGCGUCUUCCUUUGACUUGGAGAACACCACUCGUUCCCUCUCAGACCAGCGUGUCGAGGCAUUGGAGGCUCAUGUUGCCCGGGCGAACGACUUGGCCAAGGCUAACCAGGCUGCUGCUGACCAGGCGACCGACAAGCUGCGCCGUGCAGAGGAGCGCAUUGCCGGCCUCGAGGCGUACCAGGAACAGGCGAGCCGCGAAGGACUGCAGCUUCGACGCCAGCUCCAGACAGUCAUGAAAGAGAGCCAGGCGGCGGCUACGGAGAAUCGGGAGCUCAAGAGUCAGCUGGAAAACAAGCAGCGCGACGCAGGUGCUUUGGCCAUCCAGCAUGCUGCUCUGAAGGAUCUCCUUGGGGAGCGUGGAACCAGCGCUUCCGACAACCGGCGCUCGCCUCGUCUGGAGUCCCCGGGAUCCCGAUACGGAACACCGGAGCAGGGCCGACUUCGGGAGUUGGAGCAGCAGCUGUCUGCUAGCCUUAAGUCUCAUGAUGAAAUGAAGGCGUUCUUCGAAACACGUGAGCAGGAGACAGACCGGGCCUACCGUGAGAAGUUGGAGCAACUCGAAAAUGACUACCAGUCAGCCGUCCACUACGUCAAGGGUACCGAGAAAAUGCUGAAGCGCAUGAAGGAUGAACUUGCCCGGUACAAGGCGCAAAGUGUCAAGAUGCAGUCGGAAUUGGAUGCUAGUCGGCAGGAGGCGGAACGCUCGAGACUGAACCAGUCCAUGUCUGACCUGAACCAGGAUACAAACGCUUCCAUUGCCAACUUGGAGCGCCAAGUUGCCCAGUUGAAGGCGGACCUGGCCUCUGCGGAGGAGGUCAAGGACAAGUCUCGAUCCGAAUAUGCUAGCAUGCAGCAACAGCUCUCUGCGUUGGCGGACCGGAGUCGUGCCGAACUGGAGCAGCUCAAGCAAGAGAACCAAUUGCUGGAGACCCGUGCCUCCGACGCCGAGCAGAAGGUGACCAUGUUGCUGGACCAAGUGGAGAACUCAGUCGGCCACUACCGUCGGCAGUCCCAGCACGGCGGACAGGGCACCAACGGCAUCUUACGCACCCACAGCAAUGCAUCGAGCAACACGAUCGGCCGGACCCGCGCGGAUGGCAACGUCUCGCAGGACGACCCUUCGUUCCCGGACAACCGUGGGUCGAUGGCGCUGGACUCCCUGGCCAAUGAGCUGGAGGCUCUCCGCACCCACUGGGAGAGCACCAACAACUACCGGUUGAGCACGCAGUCUGAUAUCGACCGCACCCCGACCAAGGAGACGCAUGAUGGCGGUGGGCUGAGCGAUAGCCUUGCGGAAUGGCGGCGACGAUUGGAUGACGAUACAUCGUCGCGAGCCGAGUCGCCUGUUGCUGGUACGGCUGACCGGGGCAAGCCCAGCAAGUCCGGUGAUGGCAUGGAUACUACGAACAUGAUAUGA